AUGGACUUCAACAAAGGUAACAAGAUCAGAAUUGCUGUCGACAGAGGUGGUACGUUCACUGAUUGUAUCGGUAAUCGUGGCUCGGGCAAGCAGGAGGAUGACGUUAUUAUAAAGCUGCUGUCGGUGGACCCUAAGAACUACCCAGAUGCGCCCCUGGAAGGCAUUCGUAGAUUGCUGGAAGUAGUGGAAGAGAAAAAGAUCCCCCGCGGUACUCCGUUGGAUAUUUCAAACGUCAGUAGCAUAAGAAUGGGGACUACGUUGGCAACAAAUUGCGCCUUGGAAAGGAAUGGCGAGUCAUGUGCAUUUGUCACAACCAGGGGCUUUAAAGAUAUACUAGUGAUUGGCGACCAGUCUAGACCAAACAUCUUCGAUCUAAAUAUCAAGAAACGGGAGCCGCUUUAUGAUAUGGUCCUGGAAAUAGAUGAGAGAGUCACUUUGGAAGACUACUCGGAGGACCCGGCACGUCACGUAUCGCAGGCGGAUGCUGCUGAGAACACGGUUGUUGGCAAGAGCGGGGAGGUCGUGCGAGUGCUGAAGGUACCAGAUGUAAAUGAAGUUCGUUCAAGUCUUCAGUUGAUCUACGACAGCGGUAUCAGAUCUCUUGCUGUUGCCUUUUUACAUUCAUAUACUUAUCCACAGCAUGAGCGGCUUGUGGGAGACAUCGCGAAAGAGAUUGGCUUUCAACACAUCUCUUUGUCUUCUGAGGUAUCGCCGAUGAUUAAAUACCUUCCAAGAGCUCAUAGCGCUGUAGCUGAUGCGUACUUGACUCCAGUGAUCAAAAAGUACUUGAGUGGUAUCCAAGCAGGUCUUGUGAAUUCCACUAACACCAGUUUGCAGCUUAUGCAAUCAGAUGGCGGUUUGGUUGAAGGUGACAAAUUCUCGGGCCUGAGGUCUAUCUUAUCGGGCCCUGCUGGUGGUGUGGUUGGUUAUUCGAGCACCUGUUAUGAUCGGGGAAACGAGAUCCCAUUGAUUGGUUUUGACAUGGGUGGAACUUCCACCGAUGUUAGCAGAUUUGGCGACGGGAAACUUGAUCACAUCUUCGAAACGAGCACUGCGGGUAUCAUCAUUCAGUCACCACAACUAAAUAUCACCACUGUUGCCUCAGGAGGUAGCUCGCAGUUGUUCUGGGAAAAUGGGUUGUUUAGAGUUGGCCCCGAGUCAGCUGCUGCAGAUCCUGGGCCUGCGGCAUAUAGAAAAGGUGGCCCACUGACAAUAACAGAUGCAAACUUGUUUUUGGGUCGUUUGGUUCCUGAGUACUUCCCGAAGAUAUUUGGCCCUGAUGAAGACGAGUCGCUUGACCUCGAAAUGUCCGCGAAGAAGUUUAUGGAGCUUACUAAAGUGAUAAACAAAGACUUGGGGACAUCCAUGACCACUGAUGAGGUUGCGUAUGGUUUUGUAAAGGUGGCGAACGAAACUAUGGCUAGACCCAUCCGAGCCAUCACUGAGGCGAAGGGUCAUGUUGUCUCUAAUCACCGAUUGGUCACCUUCGGCGGUGCUGGUGGUCAGCAUGCUGUUGCUGUUGCAGAAUCUUUAGGGAUUGAUGUUGUGCUGGUGCAUAGAUACUCUUCGAUUUUAUCCGCCUAUGGUAUAUUCUUGGCUGAUGUUGUAGAAGAGGUGCAAGAACCUUACUUUAUUCCCUUGGAAGGUCUCGAUAGUAUGCCUAAAAUUCAGAAAAAGUUGGAUGAGCUGGUAGAGAGAUCCAGGAGAUCCCUGGUGGCUCAAGGAUUUGCCGAAUCCCAUAUCGUUGUUGAAAGAUACCUAAACCUAAGAUAUGAAGGUACCGAAACGAGCUUAAUGAUUUUGCAAAGGAAUGAAGAGUAUGCUUUUGAGCGAUGGUUCUCAGAAGCCCAUCAACAAGAAUUCGGUUUUUCUUUCAGCGACAAGAGUAUAAUCGUAGAUGAUAUACGCGUAAGGGCUAUUGGGAAGUCUAACGUUAGAAAUGAAGAAUCAAUUGAUUCGCAGCUUCAAAGGUGUAAGCGGACUAUUGUAGAUCCUGCAGAAGAAGCCAGUUUUUUCAAGAAAGUUUUCUUCACUGACAGACGUGUCAAUACUCCAGUAUACGAGACAGAAAAGAUGCGAUAUGGCGCAGUAAUACGAGGACCUGCUAUUCUUGCUGAUGGAACGCAAACCAACAUCAUUCCAGAAAACUGCGAAGCUACGAUAUUAAAAUCUCACAUUUUUAUCAAAAUUGUAUCAAAGGUCGAAAAAGUGAUCGGAGAGGAAGAUAAUUAUAUCGAUCCUGUAAUGUUGUCAAUUUUUAGUCAUAAAUUCAUGGACAUUGCUGAACAGAUGGGGACGCAGCUUGCAAAAACAUCAGUGUCAACUAAUGUGAAAGAGCGAUUAGAUUUUUCUUGUGCUUUAUUCGACUCCCUGGGCAACUUAGUUGCUAAUGCUCCUCACUUGCCAGUUCAUUUGGGUUCAAUGUCAACUUGCAUCGCUGCUCAGGCGAAAUUGUGGGAAGGUAAGCUGAAGCCAGGCGAUGUACUGGUUACGAAUCAUCCUGAAAUCGGGGGUACUCAUCUGCCGGAUAUAACAGUCAUUUCACCAGCUUUUUCAAAAGCCGAUGGCUCAAUAGCUUUUUUUGUUGCAUCCAGAGCUCACCAUGCAGAUAUUGGAGGAACUCUGCCCGGUUCAAUUCCUCCGAAUUCAAAAGAGCUGUACGAAGAGGGCGCGGCAAUUUACUCGGAGUUGAUAGUAAAAGAGGGUAUAUUUCAAGAGAACUUAAUUCGUCGUCUUCUUCUGGAAGAGCCAGCAAAAUACCCAGGUUGUUCAGGCUCGAGAAGAAUAAGCGAUAAUAUAAGCGAUUUAAAGGCCCAGAUUGCUGCAAACAAUAAGGGAAUUCAAUUAAUCUUGAAACUGAUGAGCGAAAAUGGCCUCCAAAAAGUUGAAAGAUAUAUGGAAGCAAUUCAAGUCAAUGCUGCAGAUACAGUUAAAAAGAUGUUGAAGCGAUUGACAGAACAUUUCGGUCAAACGCACUUUCAUAGUGAAGAUCUGAUGGAUGACGGUACUGUAAUCAAGCUAAACGUCUCUCUUGACAUCGAAAAUGAAGAAUACAUUUUUGAUUUUGAGGGAACUUCACCACAGGUUUAUGGUAACCUUAACGCCCCAGAAGCUAUAACCACUUCUGCCGUGCUUUACUGUUUAAGAUGUUUGGUCGAUGAAGACAUACCGCUGAACCAGGGGUGUUUAAAACGUAUAACAAUAAGGAUUCCAAAGGGAUCUAUCUUAAGCCCCGUCGGUGGGAUUGCUGUUGUUGGUGGUAACGUUAUGACUUCGCAAAGGGUGACGGAUGUUAUCCUUAAAGCCUUUAAUGUCAUGGCCGAUUCGCAAGGAGAUUGUAACAAUUUCACAUUUGGUUCUGGCGGUACGGAUCCUCAAACUGGCCUGAUGAAACAAGGCUUUGGAUACUAUGAAACAAUCUGUGGGGGACAUGGCGCAGGUGCUGAUUCCUGGAGGGGAUCAGGCUGGAAUGGAACCAGCGCUGUUCACACAAACAUGACCAACACAAGGAUAACAGAUACUGAAGUUCUCGAGAGGAGGUAUCCUGUCAUUUUGAGACGGUUCUCCAUAAGACCUCAGUCUGGUGGAAAGGGCAAAUAUUGCGGCGGGGAUGGUGCCAUAAGAGAAAUUGAAUUUCGGCAUCCUGUUAAAGCCUCGAUCCUUUCCGAACGCAGAGUUAUCGCCCCUCAUGGGCUUAAUGGUGGUAAAGACGGGAGCAGGGGUCUCAACUUAUGGGUUCGCGGCAGUAGCGGCAACAGUAUCAUCAAUUUAGGUGGAAAGAAUACGGUCAAUGUGAGCGUCGGAGAUCGCAUCAUCAUUAUGACCCCUGGCGGAGGGGGAUGUGGCAGGGUAGACACUAGUGACGCAUAUAACAAUUGA